CGACGUGCGACAGAUCCAGGAAUGGAUCAUGGCGCAUCCAGAGGCGAAGCUGCCGCCGACGUACCAGGCGUAUAGGUUGAGAGAGGCGAAGAUGGUACCUGGGAAGGAGGACGUGGGAGAGCAGGGGGUUUCUGUCAGGGAGAAGUUCUUCUUUCCGGAGAGGAGAGUCUGGGGUCUCGGUUGGGGAAAUGCCGUCCAAGAGCUUCUCCUGAACGCCCUUCUAGCAUGGAAAAGCGGCCGAACCUUCGUCUGGGACGAUUACCUUUGGCACUACAAAGACACCCUCCACUUCUCACUCUACAACAACAAACUGAUCCCCUCCCGCGUCCCCCUCUCCGCCCUCAUCUCCGGCUCCAUCCUCGGCGAGAUCUACCCCGGUCAACGCCCGCUCUUCCCCCGCUUCAAAUCCGUACCCCGAUCGUAUUUCGAGAGUCAGCGCGUCUGUGGCGGAAGGGUGCAUAGGAUCAAUAAUGAGGAGAUUACGGAGGCGGUGUAUAAGGAGGGAGGCAUCAAGGAUGUUAGUGCGGGAAGGUUUUUGGAGGGGUGGGCGGAGAGGUUGAGGGGGGUUGAGGAGGAGUGUGUGAGUAAUGGAGGGAGCGCGGGGCAGAUAUUUGAUUUUUGGAUCUGGGGCGGAAGGAAUAUCUACGAUUUGUGGCCUAUUUUGCACAAGUCACCGGUCCUGACCGGGUUCGGAUCCUCGCCACUCGUUCUCCUCGCCUUCGAAGCAAACAAACAUCUCCUCGACCUCCCCCCAUCACCCUUCAUCGCCCCCUUCCUCCCCAAACUCCAAGUCCCCGCCCCACCACCUACACAACCCCACGACCCGUCCUCCCUCUCCUCCUCCAACCCCUCCUCCGACCUCUCCCUAUCUCUAUCAACCCCACAUCCCCCAAUCUCCUACAUCCCCAACGCCUUCCCCUCCUCUUACCUCGCCUCCGCCCGCCUCUCCGAAUACACCCCCAUACCCGGCUUACUCGUCCUACACAUCCGCCGCGGCGACUUUGAGGAACAUUGUAGGAACCUCGCGGGGUGGGGCGUGCUCUGGCAGGGAUUCAAUAUGAUGGUGCAGGAGGGGAUGAGGGAUGGAUUGGGCGUGUUGUGGAGUGAGAGUGGUGCGGAGGGGAUGGAGGGGAAUAGUAUGGUUGGGUUGGAUCAUGGGGCUGUGCAGGAGGAGGAGGAGGCGGCGGCGAGGAUUAAGGCUGAGUCUGAGUUAUCUCCUUCCGCAGAUGUCAACGAGGAGGACGAUAUGGAGGAAACUGUAAGAAACGGGAAUGCAGCUCGUGCAGGCGGGCCUUUCCAAUCGCCCAAAGGCCGCCCAGGCUCGAAUCAAGUCCCCUCCUCAUCAACCGGCAAGACCCGAUCCUACACAGGCCCCAUGCUCGGUUCCCCUCCUCCCCUCCUCUCCCAUCCCGACCGCGAAGCGAACUACCUCUCUCGGUGUUAUCCCUCCAUCUCAGGAAUCGUGCAACGCGUAAGGGAGGUAAGAUGGGAGUAUCCGAGGUUGAGGAGGGUUUAUGUGAUGACGAAUGGGCCGGGGGAGUGGGUGGGGGAGUUGAAGAAGGAGUUGAUGAGGGAUUCGGAGGGGCAUGAGGGGGUGUUUGGGGAGAUGGAUAGGGAGGAGAGGAGGAGGCUGAGGGAGAAGGAGGGGAAGAGUCGGGAUGGAGAUGAGGAAGAGGAGGAGGAGGAGGAGAGGGAGAGGGAGAGUGUGGGGCCGUGGGAGGCGGUGUUUAGUAGUCGGGAUUUGGUCCUGGAUUGGGAGCAGAAAUAUGUCGCGCAGAGCGUAGACAUGGCCAUCGGCGCCCGCGCAGACGUUCUGAUAGGGAACGGAUGGUCCUCGCUCACCGCACAUAUAGUGAUGCUGCGAAUGGGACACGAUGUGGAGAAUGAGAGGAAUCGGUUCUGGUAACGCUUUUCUCGGGUAUCAUUUAUCAUACUCGUCCGCUUUCUACACCGGAUAUAUGACGAGGGUUGAGGUGGACCGGUGGAUUGACGACGACGCACACGCAUGCAUGCAUUCUUUUUCUUGGUCAUACUGAUCGUCAUGUUCAUUGGUUUUGCUUCGGACUACUUUAAAUCCUAAUUGCAUGGGUCUCGGAUUUUAU